UUGGAAGAGAGGGAGAGAGAGGAGGAGAGGAGAGAAGGCAAAGGAGAGGACAGUCUGUGAGUUAAGACCUUGAACCAGUAGGAUUAGGACCAUAGGAUACUCUGCUCCGCCUCUGACAGUGCCCGUAGGAGUGCCGUAGGAACCAUGGCGACAGGAACGAAGCUGGCCGUGUUGAGCGUGUCGGACAAGGCGGGCGUGGUGGACCUCGCCAAGGGCCUCUCCUCGGCCGGCCUCACGCUGGUGGCUUCGGGCGGCACGGCGACGAAGCUCCGGGAGGCGGGGCUGACGGUGUCCGAUGUGGGCGCGGUGACGGGUGCCCCUGAGAUGCUGGGUGGGCGGGUGAAGACCCUGCACCCAGUCGUUCACGGAGGCAUCCUGGCGAGGGACACCCAGCCCUCUGACCUGGCGGACCUGGCGGAGAGGAAGAUCUCGUUAGUGCAGGUGGUAGUCUGCAACCUGUACCCCUUCGUCCGCACUGUGUCGCGGGAGGGAGUGACGGUGGAGGAGGCGGUGGAGAACAUCGACAUCGGGGGCGUGACGCUGCUGAGGGCCGCCGCCAAGAACCACGCAAGGGUCACCGUCCUCUGUGACCCCGGGGACUAUAGCCGCGUGCUGAGGGAGCUGAAGGGCACGGGGGAUACGGCUUUGGCUACCAGGCAGGAGUUAGCACUCAAGGCCUUCACCCACACGGCCCAGUAUGACGACCACAUCAGCGACUACUUCAGGAGGACCUUCUCGGCGGGCGUGUCCCAGCUGUCCCUCCGCUACGGCAUGAACCCACACCAGAAGCCUGCGCAGGUCUUCACGCAGGACGCUAAACUCCCUCUGACAGUCGUGAACGGGUCGCCUGGCUUCAUCAACCUCUGCGACGCCCUCAACGCCUGGCAGCUGGUGAGGGAACUGCGUGCCGCCCUCAGCCUGCCCGCCGCCGCCUCCUUCAAGCACGUCUCCCCCGCCGGCGCCGCUGUAGGGGAGCCGCUGGACGAGACGGAGGCCCAAGUGUGUAUGGUGGACGACCUGGGCACCCUAACGCCUCUGGCCGCGGCGUACGCCAGGGCAAGGGGCGCCGACCGCAUGUCAUCCUUCGGCGACUUCGUGGCGCUCUCUGAUGAGUGUGACCUGCUGACGGCGCGCAUCAUAUCCCGGGAGGUCUCAGACGGCGUGGUGGCGCCCGGUUACUCCCCCGAGGCCCUGGAGCUGCUGAAGAAGAAGAAAGGCGGAAAGUACUGCGUGCUGGAGAUGGACCCCAGCUACGAGGGCGGGGAGCAGGAGCGCCGCACCAUCUUCGGCCUCACCCUGGAGCAGCGGGCCAACGACGCCAUCAUCACGCCUGACCUCCUGAGUAAUGUGGUCACGAAGAAGAAUGAGCUCCCCGACGACGCCACCCGCGACCUGCUCGUGGCCAGCAUCGCCGUCAAGUACACGCAGAGCAACUCGGUGUGCUACGCCACGCGGGGCCAGGUGGUGGGCAUCGGCGCCGGCCAGCAGUCCCGCAUCCACUGCACCAGGCUGGCGGGGGAGAAGGCCAACAACUGGUGGAUGAGGCACCACCCCCGAGUGCUGGGCCUCAAGUUCAAGGCAGGCGUCAAGAGAGCCGAGAAGUCCAACGCUAUUGACAACUUUGUGGGCGGAACUGUGGGUAAGGACAUGCCGGAGAGCGAGUUCGCGGCGGUGCUGGAGGAGGUCCCCGCGCCGCUGAGCCAGGCCGAGCGGGAGGAGUGGACGCGGCAGCUCAAGGGUGUGGCUCUCUCCUCCGACGCCUUCUUCCCCUUCAGAGAUAACGUGGACAGGGCGGUGCAGAGCGGCGUGGAGUACAUCGUCAGCCCGGCCGGAUCCACCAAUGACAGCCUGGUGGUGGAUGCCUGUGACCAGCACGGCAUCGUCCUCGUCCACUCCAACCUGCGCCUAUUCCACCACUAAGCCGCCGUCCGCUAAUCAGAAGGGCCGUUUGAGGAAAGGGGGUGGAGCCUAACCUGCUAUCCGCCAAUCAGAAAGGUCGUAGGAGGAAAGGGGGUGGAGCCUAACCUGCUAUCCGCCAAUCAGAAGGGCCGUAGGAGGAAAGGGGGUGGAGCCUGCUCGCCUGUAUAAUCUAAACGCGCUUCCAAACCAUUUUCCCUUCACUUUUGAUAUUAUUUUUGACCUCUUGAAAAGGCUAAUUGGAUAAAAGUCGUAUUUUCCUCCAAGAAGUAUUAUUAUUGUUAUUGUUUGUUUUAUUGAUUAAAGUGAAAAAAGUGAGGAAAAGGAAGGAAGGGAGGAAGGUAAAAAAAGAUUCGCGCAUUUUCCGUCAAGAAGAAUAAUCAUUGUUGUUACUGUUUGUUAUUUCUUCAGAUAAAUACGACAGUUGUAUUUCCUUCAAGCCUACUUAUGUUGUGUUGCCAAUAAAUAUACUUGCAAUAUGAA